AUGGCCUCCAGGUCUCUCAAGUCUGCCCAGAAGUCUGACCUGCCAGUGUUUCCACUUAACACUGAAAAGCAUUUAGGGCCAAGAACCUCACACGCUAUACCAGUAUAUGCCCUCUCUGGCCUACACCAGUGCCCACCCUCAGCCCACCCCCGCCUGCCCUCUCUGGCCUACACCAGUGCCCACCCUCAGCCCACCCCCGCCUGCCCUCUCUGGCCUACACCAGUGCCCACCCUCAGCCCACCCCCGCCUGCCCACCCUGGCCUACACCAGUGCCCACCCUCAGUCACCCUCGGCUGCCCUCAGGGACCCUACACCUGUGCCCACCCUCGGGUGCCCUCAGGGACCCUACACCUGUGCCCACCCUCGGGUGCCCUCAGGGACCCUACACCAGUGCCCACCCUCGGGUGCCCUCAGGGACCCUACACCAGUGCCCCCCCCCUCGGGUGCCCUCAGGGACCCUACACCAGUGCCCACCCUCGGGUGCCCUCAGGGACCCUGCACCAGUGCCUCCUCCUCGGGUGCCCUCAGGGACCCUACACCAGUGCCCACCCUCGGGUGCCCUCAGGGACCCUACACCAGUGCCCCCCCCUCGGGUGCCCUCAGGGACCCUACACCAGUGCCCACCCUCGGGUGCCCUCAGGGACUCUACACCAGUGCUCCCCCCUCGGGUGCCCUCAGGGACCCUACACCAGUGCCUCCCUCCCCUUGGGUGCCCUCAGGGAACCUACGCCAGUGCCUCCCCCUCGGGUGCCCUCAGGGAACCUACGCCAGUGCCCACCCUCGGGUGCCCUCAGGGACCCUACACCAGUGCCCACCCUCGGGUGCCCUCAGGGACUCUACACCAGUGCUCCCCCCUCGGGUGCCCUCAGGGACCCUACACCAGUGCCUCCCUCCCCUCGGGUGCCCUCAGGGACCCUACACCAGUGCCUCCCUCCCCUCGGGUGCCCUCAGGGACCCUACGCCAGUGCCUCCCCCUCGGCUGCUCUCAGGGACCCUACACCAGUGCCCCCCCCACCCUCGGCUGCCCUCAGGGACCCUACACCUGGGCCCACCCUCGGGUGCCCUCAGGGACCCUAA